GGGAGUCAUGGCAGGACAAGCGUUUAGAAAGUUUCUUCCACUCUUUGACCGAGUAUUGGUUGAAAGGAGUGCUGCUGAAACUGUAACCAAAGGAGGCAUUAUGCUUCCAGAAAAAUCUCAAGGAAAAGUAUUGCAAGCAACAGUAGUCGCUGUUGGAUCGGGUUCUAAAGGAAAGGGUGGAGAGAUUCAACCGGUUAGCGUGAAAGUUGGAGAUAAAGUUCUUCUGCCAGAGUAUGGAGGCACCAAAGUAGUUCUAGAUGACAAGGAUUAUUUCCUAUUUAGAGAUGGUGACAUUCUUGGAAAGUACCUAGACUGAAAUAAAUCACUAUUGAAAUGGCAUCAACAUGAAGCUGCCCAUUCCACUGAAGUUCUGAAAUCUUUCAUCAUGUAAAUAAUUUCCAUAGUUCUCUUUUAUAAUAAACUAAUGACAUCCAGUGUCUCCAAAAUUAUUUCCUUGUGCUGAUAUAAACAUUUCCAAAUAAAAAUAUGUAAAUGA